AUGUCACUCGACAUUUCUCCUCUUAGAGGUAGUGCUUUAGCGAACGGUAUGUUCACGGCACAUAGCAUGACGCCUCCUGGCAGUGAGUCACAGACUCUUCGGGACCUCAUUGAAGACAACCUUGACGAAGCGGUUGAUUACGAAAGUGACACCGUCUUUGUGGGACCCGAUGGGUCCCCUUUAGCCACCCUCACGGGUGAAGAUGACACUCGUCAUGCACCGAAUCCAUUCCCUGAACGUGGUGCUGCAGAUGCGCUAACAGCGUUACGUGACCCGCCUGACGUAUCAUCAACGGUAACGGUUACCAACCCACUCGACGAGCAGCAACAGCAGACCAUCGACCAAGAGGAAGGCGCCAAGCGCCGGACGAAGAAUAUGGCUAGGCUUCAGGGCCAGGUUCAAGCCACCUACAGUGGAAGAACGCCUUAA